GGUAAUUGUACCAAUAAAAAUAAAUAAUAAACUGCGUUCUAAAAAUAUUUUUUGCUAAAAGUAUUGCAAGUGGAUGAUCAGAUAGAAGUUUGAUAUCAUCCCUGGAAUACACAUACACGAUCCGUAAAUAACAAUUUAUAAAUAUAUUUGAAAUAUCUUUCGACACUUUUCUACUACAAACAUAAAUACUGUAUGUGGAUAGAUUUAUAGUCUUAUUGAAGGCAAAAUUAUCAUUUUUGGACAUAUGAGUUCUUAAUUUGUAAGAACUGGAAUUUAUGAUGGGAUAAAUUAUGGCCAUACAGAACACGCAAUGAAGUCACAAUUGAACUGUGCCAUUUGUGGCGAGGCUUUCAGCCUCAUCAUAAGAAGGCGAGUUUGUAAGCAGUGCAACAGGGCAUGUUGCAUCAACUGCAUUGAUAAAAAUUACGUACAUCCUGGUAACCUAAGCGAGAGGAGUACAAGUUCUGAACCAUCGGACACGUGUACAGAUUGUAUAUUAGCUGAGGCGACAAACUACUCGAUAUCUGUACAAGAGGAAUUGGAUGUAACCGAAGAGAUUAAUAGGGAACUGAAACGUGAACUUAAAAGGCAGAUGGCUUCUAUGGAAAAGUUCCGUUCAUUUUUAUUAGAAUUUUGCCAAUCAUUCUCACCAGAGUCAUCACUAUUCACACACGAGAACGAUGAUAUGGACAAUCGACAAAAUGAAGGAUCUGGGAAGAUCGACCCUUCAGAACCUAUCGCAAGCCUCAUAGACAUGAGUUGUUCAAGCUUACAGAAUUUAUAUACUCGCCUUAGGAUUAUGCGCUCAGAACUUGAUACGGCACAAAGUGACCGUGCAAAUCUGCAAAGAGCUCUAUGGGAAACCAGGCAGCAAUUAGAUGCCGUAUCUCAUGAACGCGAUGCCAUCCAGGCAUCUGUACAUCGCAUUAAUGAAACACUUUUACGCUUGGAAGCGGAACAACAACAGGUUGCUGAUCUAAAGAGGGAUUACGACGCUCUAAGGGUCCGCUGCCUAAAAAUGGAGCAGCAACAGAACCAUUCACUGGCAAGACACUACCCUACCUCUCUUACAGUUCGUAGCGAGUCACAGGAAGGAAGGCCACAUAACAUGGCUUUAUUUUCCCUAUGUUGCCCUCGAAUUGGCUUCUGAAAUACAGAGUGCCUGGACCAAUAUGCCAAAGCGCAAAACAUGGCCCUGUAAACAUAUUGUUUAUA